AUGAAGAAAAGCAGGAGUUCACAGGGGGUUACACUGGCGGAUGAAAAUAGGGAGCCUCCCGUGGGACCAUUUGCCAGAGCCGACACCCUCAACGUCGACGCGUGCAGAGUCCACAGGCGCUUCUCCGGCACCCUGCUGUUGCCUCCGUUGUCAUGGCGACAAGCAGAAAAGGAGAGGGACAGGGGCAGGCCACUCUCACCCGAGGAGGACCCACUGACCCGGAGCAGACCCACAAGUCUGCCCAUCUCCACCCUGCCACGCAUCGACAUCACAGAGGCUGACCCCGACAGCUGUGAAGUGGAGAAUGGCCCUUUGCUGUGCUGCAGUCCGACGGAGCCGGCGUCCCCGAGCUCGGGUCUGGUUCUUCACCCCAACUAUGGCGGCCAUGGUCAGCGCAGGGAGUCCUUCCUGUACCGCUCUGACAGCGAGUACGAUCUGUCGCCCAAGUCCAUGUCACGAAAGUCAUCCAUUGGUGGAGAUCUGCACGGAGAGGACUUGAUUGUGACUCCAUUUGCUCAGGUUCUGGCAAGCCUUCGAACCGUCAGGAACAACUUCACCACUUUGACAAAUGUACAAUGUGCAUCCAAUAAGAGGUCUCCUGCUGCAAAUCAGCCGCCUGUCACCAAAGUGUGUCUGUCAGAUGAGUCCUACCAGAAGCUGGCUAUGGAGACAAUGGAGGAGCUGGACUGGUGUCUGGACCAGUUGGAGACCAUCCAGACCUACCGCUCUGUCAGUGACAUGGCCUCCAACAAGUUCAAAAGGAUGCUGAACCGGGAGCUAAGUCACCUGUCUGAGAUGAGUCGCUCUGGCAACCAAGUGUCCGAGUACAUCUCCAACACCUUCCUAGACAAGCAGAAUGAGUUGGAGCUUCCAUGUCCAGUACCAAAGUCCAGGGAGAGGAAGCGGAGGCAGGGUCAGCAGCAGCAGCAGCAGCAGCAGCAGCAGCAGGGCGGGAUGAUGACUCACAUCAGCGGGGUGAGGAAGGUCAGCCACACGCCCAGCAUCUCGGGGAGCAGCUGCAAUCGCUUCGGGGUCAAGACGGACCAGGAGGAGCUGCUGUCCAAGGACCUGGAAGACAUCAACAGAUGGGGGCUGAAUAUCUUCAAAGUGGCCGAGCACUCCCACAACCGACCCCUCACAUGCAUCAUGUACACCAUCUUUCAGGAGCGAGACCUGAUGAGGACGUUCCAUAUUCCCAAGGACACCUUUGUGACGUUCAUGCUCACCCUGGAGAGCCACUAUCACUCGGACGUGGCGUACCACAACAGCCUGCACGCCGCCGACGUGGCCCAGUCCACGCACAUCCUCCUGUCCACACCUGCACUGGAUGCCGUCUUCACUGAUCUGGAGAUCCUCGCAGCCAUUUUUGCCGCAGCCAUUCACGACGUGGACCACCCUGGUGUGUCCAACCAGUUCCUCAUCAACACCAACUCUGAGCUGGCUCUCAUGUACAACGAUGAGUCAGUGCUGGAGAACCACCACUUGGCCGUGGGCUUCAAGCUGCUGCAGGAAGACAACUGUGACAUCUUCCAAAACCUCACCAAGAAGCAGAGGCAGACGCUGAGGAGAAUGGUCAUAGACAUGGUAUUGGCGACCGACAUGUCCAAACACAUGAGCCUGCUGGCCGACCUCAAGACGAUGGUGGAGACCAAGAAGGUGACGAGCUCCGGAGUCCUGCUGCUGGACAACUACACCGACAGGAUGCAGGUUCUGCGGAACAUGGUUCACUGUGCCGACCUGAGCAACCCGACCAAACCUCUGGAGCUGUACCGGCAGUGGACGGACAGGAUCAUGGACGAGUUCUUCCACCAGGGGGACAGAGAGAGGGAGCGCGGGAUGGAGAUCAGCCCGAUGUGUGACAAACACACCGCCUCAGUGGAGAGAACACAGGUGGGCUUCAUCGACUACAUCGUCCACCCUCUGUGGGAGACGUGGGCCGACCUGGUCCACCCGGACGCCCAGGACAUCCUGGACGUGCUUGAGGACAACAGGAACUGGUACCAAAGCAUGAUCCCCCAGAGCCCCUCCCCUCCCUUCUACACAGAGGGGAGCCCAGACGGAGAGGGGGAGGGGGGACCCGCGACGAGCAAAUUUCAGUUUGAACUGACGCUGGAGGACGAGGACGAGCAGGUGGGAGACGUUGAGGGCGGGAUGAUGGAGACGACAGACGGGUGUGAUGAUCUGACACUCCAAAGCCAUCCCUCCGAUGAGGAUGGGGCCCCCCCGGCGGAAACAUAGCUGGACCGACGGGGUUCUUUGAGCGCAGCGUGAUUUGCUGCUUCUGGUUAAAUUCCUUUUUAUUGCAGUGGAGCAAUCCUGCAAUCGUGGCUCUUCAGGAGCUGCCUGGCUAAGGGGCUGACUAAAUGUAGGGCACCCCUGCAAAUGAAGCUGGGAAACCCUGUGGCAGUUAGAUUUUGAGCCCUUGAAGGGAGCUGAACGAGCGCAUCUGGUCCCUCUGGUCUUUGGAGGAAAGGACUGACUGUGGGGGGGGGGGCUGCGGAGGCGGAGUCUCGAUCCUCACAGACAAAUAAGACGACGUAGAUGAUGUGAAUCCGUGUACUGGGACAAGUGAGAUUUGCAAAAACUUGCACUUCAGGACACUUUUUAUGUUCAUUACGAUUUAUUUUGCAUCGUGUUGGAGACUGGAGGCCACCGGGUGAAGUGUCCAACCAAAACUACUGGUCAGCAAGUUAUUUGUUACCAAUUCGUUUUUUUUCUAACACUUGUCAAGAGCAAAAGUUGUGUGCCUUUUUUUUUUCCUUUUUACAACCGUGGCUUUUUGUACAUGUUUUUAUAAUUUAUUGAACACAAUCAUGUAGCUGUAAAAUGUGUCAAAAUUUUCUACAAUAAGGACAUCUUUGUCUCACACAGUCUUCCUAAUGUUCUGGCAAUAUGAUAAGCUUCUCACAAAAGCGUCGAGUUAAGGUGUUUCCAAAAAAUCGGUUGACUUCCCAGCACAAUUUGCACUUUGUGGCAAGAGGAAGAGAGGAUGGAGAGCCUCAGUGAUUUACACAAUCUAUUUCUAUCCAAUAAUACAUAACAUAAAUAAUAAAAAUACUCAUAUUUCAGAUUGUUUUAGAAGUGUAUUUUUGAGAUUUUAAAAGUGGAAAAACCAAAUUGCAAAGAUCCUGCACAGAAAGUGUAAACAAAGCACUUUGAUGAAUUCACUUCAGUGUGAUCACAUGCUUUAAACGCUCAGAUCAGAAGUCAAAUUUGAUUUGAUUUCCUGUUGUUAAAUGAAAAUAAUUUUUCAAAAGAAUUGAAUUACCCAGUGAAAUUUAACCCCAAAUAUCUCGUUUAAAAUUCCAUAACCUUAUAUUGUAUCGUGCUGAGCUAUAUUCCAGUGUGUCUCCUCAUUGUAUCAGCUCUCACACACACACACACAGCUGUUGAGGUUUACUAAAUCACAUCCUUUGAAUGACUGUAAGACUGUGUGCACAUUUAAACAGACACCUGUCAGUGACAUGAUAACUGUAUCUUGUAGUUAUUAUUAUUAUUAUUAUUGUUGUUAUUCCAGCACUUUGACUAUGACGACAGUUCCGCAGCUGGUUGCUGAUCUGUCCAACACUACCUUAAAGGUACCACAAUGUAAGGGCGCAGCCUUCAGAAUAAUGGCGAGCAAGUGAGUGAGUGUGUGCGUGAGUGAGUGUGUGUGUGAGUGUGUGAGUGUGUGAGUGAGUGUGUGUGUGUGUGAGUGGUUACACAGUUGCACAAUCUUGUUACACCCAGCUGUGCUGACCCUUCAGCUGUUUGUAACAGUGUAUUUAUUACCUUUUCUCCGUGUACCUGAUGAUAUUGACAUUGAUCGAUAAUAUUCACUGUAUAUUUGUUAUUAUUUAUAUGCACUACCACGCGUCAAAUCCACAGUUUGACUGAAACUCGUCUGGUGGUUCUGAUUCGUUGUAUUAAGCAAAGCAACUUUGCUAUGAAGACCAAAAACAUGGAGUCAUACAGUUCCGUUUUUUCUGGGGGGGGGUUUUAGGAGUCUGAAAUGUUUGGUUUGAGAUUCCAGCCGGAGACAUUUGUACAGUCUGAAGCAACAACACCUCACGAGAGGUGCAGAGGAAGCUCUCGGUCUUUUGGCUCCUGGCGGAGCGUGAAGAAUGAGGAUCUACAGUAUUUGCUACAGUAUUGUUGUGUACGGUGACGGGUCAUUGUACAGCUUUAAGAAUGAUGGCUGAAAUAUAUGACAUUGUUUCAAAUGUAUUUUUUCAGUGUUUUCCUCACGAUGUAUGGUAAAACGGUGUAUGUUGUGCUCAACAAAUGUUUUCUAUCAGAUUAUUAAAAUGGGCAUGUAUUACAGAA